AUGUCGAGAGCGCGCACAUCCAGCGGCUCCAGGCCGCCUGUAGUGUCGGCCACGCCGGUUGGAAGGUCUAUGCGCAAAAAGAACCAUCUCAACCUGAGUGCUAAAGCGUUCGACAAGAUGUCCAAACGCCUAUUAUCAGUCGAAAAGUCCACAGGGCCCAUGGCAUCUUGGGGGACCUCAGAUCCAAACGAACCCCUUGCAGCAGCAUCUAAUCGCAUAGAAGGGAUCCCAGAGCUUGGAGAAGGCGGUCGCCGCACCACCGCUUCUUAUGUCAUUGGUGAAGGGGAUGAUCAGCAUGCAAACGGACCAGAAACGAAGACCAGCACAGAGUACCACCUUCGUCGAUUCGCCAAAGUACCUGUCUCCAGAGGCUUGACGCAGGGAGCAGGCAAAGGUCCAGACGGCGCGGCACUUGCUGCUGCUGCCGCCAAAUCGCUGAAGGGCAAAGGCGUCGCGCCUGUCGACUCGUUUCUCAACGAAGGCAGCUUCGUCUUCAAUCCGCUCAACCGCAGGAUACCGCAGCCGACACCGCGAAAGGCAAAGACACGCACCAUCUCGUCCACCAACAACGCUGCAUUCUCACGCACUGCAUCCGGCCCAACAGCAACAUCAGCAACAACAACAGCAGCAGCAGCACCUGUACCAGCGGAUCCGCGAUUGCCUUCGCAGCGAUACCAACCCCAACUCGACCAGGCUGGACCGUCCAGUCAGCCCAUGUCUGCCGUUGCCUCAUCAGCACGCGAUGCGACAGCCGAAAGCGAUGACCCCGCAUCUGUUCCGCUGGCACUCGUCGAUCGCGACCUGCAAGAGGCGCUCAUCCUCGAAGAUCUUCUCUACAUCCUUCUCGGUAUCGAAGGACAGUACAUCACCUACGCCACGACCUACGACCCCGAAGACGUCGCACAUCGCCUGCGAGGCGCUCAAUUCACCAUCGACCCUGCCCUCGAUGCUCCUCUUCGUGAUCUCGUCGACCGCAUUCUACCCCUCGCCACCGACUACACCGCCAUCUACGCCUUUAUCGAGACUGACUCUGGUCUUGAGUUCGGCACUGUCAAUCACGCGCUGUGUUCCGCUAUCCGUGAUCUGCUGCAUGACUACGAGCUACUGGUGGUGCAGCUCGAGCAUCAGAUGGCCUCAUCGGCGUCGUUCAGUCUACAGAAGCUGUUCAUGUGGAUUCAGGGGACAGCACGGACGCUUGCCAUGGUGCGCGCACUCACGGAUGAGAUUGUUGGCAUCUCGCACGCGGAUCUGUUUGACGAUGAGGAUGACGAUGAUUCGUCGGAUGGAGGUUCGGAUAUCAGUGGCACAUCAGCGUUGGAGAGAGAGAGACGGGCAUUACUUGGUCUUGAUGACCCAGAGGAUGAAGGUGUGGAAGGUGGCAUCGCCAAAGGUGGUGAAGUGCUUUCGAUGCUUUGGGAUCGCAUCACACGCAUGAGUGGCGAUCCGAAAGCAAGGGCACUCUUCAACAUUCUCUUCCAACGCGCUUCGCAACCUUAUGCGCAGACCCUCGUCCAGUGGAUUACCACCGGCGACCUCUCCGACACUUACGAAGAAUUCAUGGUCAUGGAGGAUGCCAAAGUUACACGCGCAGCUCUCGAGUCAGAUCCCACAGACGAGUACUGGGAGACGAGGUACACGCUGCGAGACGAAACAACCGUCGCUAAGCGCGAACGUCAGCGUCAGCUGGGUCUGGACAUCGAUACUGAGCUGGAAGACGAAGAGGACAACCCACGUGGCAUUCUCACGGGCGGUGCCAAGAUCCCCUCGUUCCUCGAACCCUGGAAACACAAGAUUCUUUUAGCGGGCAAGUACCUCAAUGUGAUCCGCGAAUGCGGGCUUGAGGUGCCUUCUGAUCCAGAGGAAACGGCGAAGGGUACAGUGGCUACGGUGGUAGUAAUGAACGAAGAGUCAUUCUUCCGCCGUAUCGAAGCUGCUUAUCAACGAGCGAAUUCUGCUUUGCUCAAGCUGCUUCUCGAAGAUCAGCACAUUCUUGAGCGCCUUCGCUCGCUCAAGCAUUUCUUCUUCUUCUCCGAGUCCGACUUCCUUUCUUCCUUCCUCGAACAGUCCGGGCACGAGCUCGUCAAGAAGGUGUCUCCCACAAAGACACGGGAAACAGUGCAGCAACGGUUGCAGACCCAUCUCGGUGCAGUGCUUGGUUCAAGCAGCACAGUCGGCUUCGAAGAUCCGUAUCGCGAAGAUGUGCGCAUUGUGCUUGCUUCCGAGGGUGCCUACGAUCAGCUCAAGCGUAUUGCAGAGACAAAAGGUGGGAUCGAGGCGACGAAACUCGCUCAAACCAAUGCAGCAGCAGCUGCUGCUGCUACUUCGUCCUCAAGCAAAGAGACAUUUGUGCCUGCUGUCACGCUACUGCAAUUCGACGUGGCAGUCAAGUUCCCCGUCUCACUCGUCAUCAGCCGCAAGAACAUCCUUCGAUACCAAUUCGUCAGUCGAGGCUUGUUCCAUCUCAAAACCCUCGAGCGAUCCCUCUCUGAGCUCUGGCUCGAUCAUUCCUCCAACCCGUUAUGGAAACAAAAGACCCACCCAGCGCUGGAAAAGUGGAAACAAAAACUCUUCAUGCUCCGCUCGCGCAUGACGUUCUUCGUCCAGCAACUUCUCGCGUUCCAAAUGAUGGAGGUCGUUGGACCCAACUAUCUCGACCUCGAGCGAAAGCUGCGCAAUGUGAAGACGGUAGAUCAGCUGAUGAAAGACCACUUUGCAUUUCUCAACACGACCAGAAAAGAGCUCAUGUUUACGGAUCUUCGGUACUUGGAGCUGCACUCGCAGUUGACGACGGUGAUCAAUGUGUUUGUGGAGAAUAGGACUAGGUUUCAGGAUCAAGUGCUAUUGGAAACGGAAAGAUGGAAAAAGGCGGGUGGGAGGAAGGGGCUGGCUCCGGAGCCUGCUUUGCAGGAAUCGACGAAUGAGUUCUUGGCAAGGGUGCAGAAGCAUUGGGAGAGGUAUGCGAAGACGUACAAGGAUGUAGUGAAUCUGUUGAGUACGACGGAUAAUCCGGCUGCGCUACCGUUGGCGUAUCGGUUCCAGAGCUCGAAUUUGUAG